AUGUCUUCACUUACACGGGUUGUUCGCCCCGCCAUGCGGAGGAGUCGCGGCGUCAUGGCCAUGGCCGCGGCGAGGAGCAACGCCUCCGCGAGGGCGGCGAUGCCUUUCAUUCAGAAGUCCUCGAAGCCCCUGUCCACGACGUCACGCCGCCAGAAUGCCGACACUCUCGACAUUACCGACAUUCCCCCCACUCCCAUCACACACUUCUCCGAGCUGGAGCUCGCCAUGGCCGAGUCUGUGAACAAGUUCGCCAAUGAGGUUAUUGGCCCCAAGGUCCGUGAAAUGGAUGAGGCCGAGAAGAUGGAUCCCACCGUGGUCGAGCAGCUGUUUGAGCAGGGCCUCAUGGGCAUUGAGAUCCCCGAGGAGUACGGUGGCACGGGCGCCAACUUCACGUCCGCCGUCAUUGGCAUCGAGGAGCUGGCCCGCGUGGAUCCUAGUGUCAGCGUCAUGGUCGAUGUCCACAACACACUCGUCAACACGGCCAUUAUCAAGUACGGCUCACAGGCGCUGAAGAAGAAGUUCCUGCCCAAGCUGGCGACGAACACUGUCGGCAGCUUCUGCCUCAGCGAGCCCGUCAGUGGCUCUGAUGCUUUUGCCAUGGCUACCAAGGCAACGGAGACGGCGGAUGGCUACACCAUCAGUGGUGGCAAGAUGUGGAUCACCAACUCGAUGGAGGCCGACUUCUUCAUCGUCUUUGCCAACCUGGACCACAGCAAGGGUUACAAGGGCAUCACUGCGUUUGUCGUUGAGAAGGGCACCGAGGGCUUCUCCAUUGCCAAGAAGGAGAAGAAGCUCGGUAUCAAGGCCAGCAGCACCUGCGUCAUCAACCUUGACGACGUGAAGAUCCCCAAGGAGAACCUUCUUGGUGAGAAGGGACAGGGCUACAAGUAUGCCAUCAGCCUGCUCAACGAGGGGCGCAUUGGUAUCGCCGCGCAGAUGACCGGCCUGGCCCUUGGGUCGUGGGAGAACGCUGUCAAAAAGCAGUUUGGCAAGCUCGUCGGCGAGUUCCAGGGCAUGCAGCACCAGAUCGCGCAGUCUUACACCGAGAUCGCCGCCGCCAGGUCCCUGGUCUACAACGCGGCCCGCAAGAAGGAGGCCGGUGAGGACUUUGUCAUGGAUGCCGCCAUGGCCAAACUCUAUGCCUCGCAGGUCGCUGGACGUGUCAGCGGCCUCGCAAUUGAGUGGAUGGGUGGUAUGGGUUUCGUGCGCGACGGCCCCGCGGAGAAGUUCUGGAGGGACAGCAAGAUCGGCGCCAUCUAUGAGGGCACGAGCAACAUCCAGCUUAACACGAUCGCCAAGCUGCUGCAGAAAGAGUACACUGCAUGA